AUGGUAAAGUUUCUGCUGCUGGCUUUGGCAUUUGGACUGGCUCAUGCUCAAAUUAAGGUUGCAGGAAAAUGGAGGACAGUUGCCAUCAUCGCUGACAGAGCUGACAAGAUAGCAUUUGGAGCACCUAUGAGACUUUACGUUCGUGAACUUACUUGUAAUGACAAAUGUAGUAAAAUGGGAGUGUCAUUUUAUGUCAAUUCGAAUGGCCAAUGCUCAAAGACCGAAGUCACUGGGUAUAAGCAAGCAGAUGGCACCUACAAAACCCAAUAUGAAGGUGACAACACGUUUCAACCUGUGUAUGUAACAGAAAAGCAUACAGUCUUUACCAGUAGGAAUGUGGAUAGAGCUGGCAGAGAAACAAAGUUGAUUUUUGUUCUUGGAAGAGGUGAGCCUUUGACUGACGAAGAACAUGAAAAAGUUGAGAAAUUUGCUGAGGAACAGAACAUCCCACCAGAAAACUUUCAAAAUGUUCUGGCUGAAGAUACUUGUCCCAAGUAA